AUGAUUGGUUUCUAUCAGUCUUUCUUGGUCAUUGCCUUGGGGGUUUUGGUUUCGGCAGCCGAUUUAUCCCUAUUUGGUAUCGACAUCGGCAUCUCCCUUCCCGAGCGAUCGUGUGGAAAAUACAAUACUGUUCUGCGGAAGGAAUGGGGAGAGUUGAAGCGCGCUGAACGGAUCGACUACACUAAUGCGGUAUUGUGUAUGCAAGAGAAGCCCCAGCAGCUUCCAAGAGAAGAGUACCCAGGAGUGCGGAAUCGGUUCGAUGAUUUUGUGGCCACCCAUAUCAACUACACACUCAAUGUCCACCUCAGCGGUUUAUUCCUCCCGUGGCACCGUCACUUUCUCUGGCUCUGGGAGACAGCCCUGCGAGAUGAGUGUGGUUACCCUGGACAUCUCCCGUACUGGAACUGGCCAUUAUGGUCCGAGAACCUAAAGGCCAGCCCUCUCUUCGACUGCAGCGACAGCUCCCUCUCCGGCGACGGCGAACACAACCCAGACGAACAAAGCAUCUCCGGCGGCGCAGUAACCAUACCACGAGGAUCAGGAGGUGGCUGCGUGAAAUGCGGACCAUUCAAAGACAUGAAAAUCCACAUGGGACCAUUCGACCGCAACAUUGUCUCAUUCAACAAACUCCCCGCCCCAGGCUUCGACUACAACCCGCGCUGUUUCAACCGAAGUCUCAACAAUUUCGUCAGCAGCAACUACGAUAACGAGACCAUCGUCGACCGACUCUUGGCCGCGCCCAAUAUCUCCGAUUUCCAAACUGUCAUGGACUACUGGCCCGCACGGCCGGGUGGGGUGUUGGGCGUGCAUGGCGGCGGCCAUUUCAGCCUCGGAGCUACCCUCCAAGACUUGUUCUCCUCGCCGCAAGACCCGGCUUUUAUGCUACACCACGGUAUGAUCGAUCGGUCGUGGAGUACCUGGCAGGCGAAGGAUGAGCACCAUCGUCGGUUCGCAGUCAAUGGUACGAAUAAGAUCCUGAAUCCGCCGGAUGCGACGCUUGUCACGCUCGAUAUGCCGAUGGAAUUCGGGAUCCUUGAUCGGCCCCGACCGGUCCGUGAGAUUAUGGAUCCGACUAGAUACCGGUAUUGUUAUUCGUAUAGCUGA